AUGAAGCUGAUUCUUCUGUACCUGGCUGUGGUGCUCUGUACUGUUGGAAAAGUUAGCCUUUUCACAAAUGGAGCUGCAGCAGCUGGCCUCAGUACUUCCCUAUCCGGUGGAUUGAAAUUGUCUCUACUUCAUAAAAUGUUUCCAGAUGCCAAGAGUUCUAGUGGGAGCAAAGAUAACAAUCUGUCUAAAGGAGGUGGUGUCGGUGGUCAUAUCAAUGUAGGAACUAAAAUCAGCACAAAUGGUGUCAACGAGUCAGGAACCUCAAGUGCAAGCGGUAGGCAGAAUGUGAAUCCAUCAAAUGGACGCUCCACAGAGUCAGGAAAUGAUGCCACAGUCCAGGGUCCACAAGCAGCUGCACCUGAUAGGCCUAAGCAGAAUGUAGAGAUUAGCAGUUCAUCCUCAAGCUCUGCAACCCCCAAUGAAGGAGCUGAUAAACCCAGAGAACAACCAAGUAACCUUCUUAUUGAAGGAGUGAGAGGAAUAUUAGGAAGGAUCGCAAGUGCUGCCAGUGGCUCAGGUGACUCAAGUGCAAGCGGUAGGCUGAAUGUGAAUCCAUCAAGUGGAACCUCCACGAAGUCAGAUGAUCCCGCAGACCAGGGUCAAGAUGUAGCUGCAUCUGAUAGGCCUAAGGAGAAUGUAGAGACUGACGCACCCAGUGACCAUCCAAGUAACACUCUCAGGGAGGAAUUAAAAGAAAUAUUAGCAGAGAUCACAAAUGCUCAUGCUGGCUCAGCUUCUACAGAUGUCAAUCGUGAUGAAGAUACAGUCCUCAGCUUCAUGAAGGACUUAGCUCUCGCCAUUCAACAGUCCCUCUCUGAUGCCAGUCAAUCAGCUUCUCCAGCUGUCAAGCCUUCUGAAGAGGGAUUGAGAAAAUUGUUAAGUGCCUUAGCAGAGGAAUUUGGACCAACAGGAACUGAUGCCCGUGUCUCAGGUAGAAAAUGGUCACCCACUACGACUGGAACACCCAGUACUUCAGAAAAAGCAGCCCACGUUCCAGAAGCGACUCCCACAUACUCAGAAGCAAAUGAAGUUGCUGGAGAAGCGACUAUGUGGGGCAAGGACAAGUACAAAGCUCUCAAUGGCCGCAUCUUUUCCUUCGAGUCCGAGUGCACAUUAACUUUUUGCCGCGAUUGUGCAGAGCCUGGAGGAGACUUCAACAUUGAGAUAAAAAAGCAUAAGAAUGGUGAUAUUGAAGAGAUCAAAGCUCUGAUCGAUGAAGUUGAGAUCUUGGUUGUGCAUAAUAGUAUUUCUGUCAAUGAAGAAAGGGUACAGAUACCAUUCAGCAAUAAGAUGAUUCAUAUUAAGAAGCAAGGCAACCACUAUGAACUCAAAACCCGUAGAAGAAUGUUGACUCUGAGGUGGGGCAAGGACAAACUCUCACUCACUCUUUAUAGCCACUAUGCAACCUGUGGUCUUUGCGGCAACUUCAACAGCGUUCCAGGUGAGGAUAUUAAUGAGCACAUUGCCAGUAGUAAGAUCUCCAAUGACUGCCCCAGCCCUUUGAGCAGGAACAACGAAGUCUGCGAAGAUGGAGUCCAGUACUGUGACAAAAUUAUUGGAACGUACUUUAAGAAAUGUUCAAAAGUUUCCCGUUUAUCCCAUGAGUACAAAAAUGCAUGUGUUGAUGAGUACUGUCGGACUGGAGGAGGUAAGCAGACUACAUGUGACACCUACUCGGAACUGGCCCGGCUGUGUGCCUACGAUGGUCCUGGUGACUAUGAACACUGGCGAGAUGACUCUGCUGUGGCUUGUGCAAAGCAACAGUGUCCAGGGAAGCACAUCUACAAAGAAUGUGGACCUUCAAAUCCUCCAACAUGCUCCAACGUGGCUCCCUUUCAAGACAGUGAAUGUGUGAGUGGCUGCACCUGUCCAGAAGGUUACCUAUUGGAUGACAUUAGAGAGAAAGGAAAGUGUGUAUUAAAGGAGAAAUGUCCCUGUGAAUCUAAUGGAAAGGUGUACAAGCCAGGUGAAGUCCGUGAAGGCCCCUGUGGCUCUAAGUGCACAUGCCAAGAAGCUAAGUGGUCUUGCACCGAAACUAGAUGUCCUGGGAUAUGUAAAGUGGAAGGGAGCUCCUUUACCACUUUUGAUGACAAUAAAUUUAGCCACCCUGGAGACUGUCACUUCUUGGCUGUCCAUAAUGAUGAAAUUUCUAUUAGCGUGGAGAUUCACCCAUGCGGAAAUGGUCAGACAGGAUCAUGCUUAACUAGUGUUAUGGUUCUGCAGAAUUCCUCUUCUUCAAGUAACAGAUAUGUCUUCAACCGUGAUGGGACAGUCACAAAGGAUGGAGUUAUAAUUAAAGGUUAUUACUAUUCAGAUGAUGUGCAGAUCUUCAAUUCAUCCUCUUUGUACAUGCAAGCAGAGAUACUCUCUCACAUAAAACUGCAAAUACAAAUGUCUCCUAGGAUGCAGCUGUAUGUGUCCUUGGCUCCUAACACAUCCACAGACACUGUAGGUCUUUGUGGUUCCUUCAACAAUAAGGCAGAAGAUGAUUUCAUGUCAAGUCAGAAAAUUCUGGAGAGCACAGCUCAGGCAUUUGCUAACUCCUGGGAGAUGAUGCCUUGCCCUGAGGGAAGCCCCUCUUCCUGUGUUAGCAUCGAAACAGAGAAGUUUGCUGAAAGUUACUGUGAGCUUCUUCUCAGUUCAAGUGGGCCUUUUGCUGCCUGUCAUCAGACUGUGAACCCCAAAUUCUAUCACGAGGAAUGCAAAAAGUAUACAUGCUCUUGUGAGAACGGUCAGGAUUGCCUAUGUACAGUCUUGGGGAACUAUGUGAAGGCGUGUGCUGAGAAGGAAAUAUACCUCGUGGGCUGGAGAGACGGACUGUGUGAGGUGUCUUGUCCAAGUGGUCUUGUUUUCAACUACAAAGUGAAAACCUGCAACAGUUCUUGCCGAUCGCUGUCCGCACGAGACCGAAGCUGCGAUAUAGAAGACAUUCCGGUUGACGGAUGUACUUGCCCUGAUGGAAUGUACCAGAAUAAUGAAGGGAACUGUGUUCAGAAAUCUGAGUGUGACUGCUAUGUUAAUGAUGAGAUUGUGCAACCUGGCAAGUCCAUCCUUAUUGAUGACAAUAAAUGUGUCUGUCAGGAUGGAGUGCUUCAUUGCCAAACACCCCUUGAUUUAACCCUACAAAACUGUUCCAGAGGGGCUGAGUACAUAGAUUGCAAAGAUCCCAAGGCACAGAGAAGGACAGAAAGGACAUGUGCUACCCGGAACAUACCUGAUUUUGAGGGUGACUUGCCUUGCAAACGUGGGUGCUACUGUCCUGUAGGAAUGGUCCGUAACUCUAAAGGGAUAUGUAUACAUCCUGAUGACUGUCCCUGCUCUUUUGGUGACAGAGAAUAUGAACAGGGAAGUGUUACUUCUGUUGGCUGCAAUGAGUGUACUUGCAUAAAAGGGUCUUGGAACUGUACCCAGAAUGAGUGUCAAUCAACUUGCCACGUCUAUGGAGAAGGACAUUUCAGAACAUUUGAUGGAGAAAGUUACAGCUUUGAUGGGCUCUGCCAGUAUACAUUCCUUGAGGAUUACUGUGGUCAAGAAAACGGCACAUUCCGUAUUUUAACUGAGAGUGUCCCCUGCUGUGAAAACGGGCUUACUUGUUCCAGAAAAGUCAUUGUGGCUUUCCAGGAUCAGAACAUCAUCUUACAAGAUGGCAAAGUGACGGCAGUUCAGACUGCGGAGAGUACGGAUUGCAGGGAGCGCAGUGCGAACUUGUACUCGAUUCACACGGUCGGCCUGUACCUGAUUGUGAAGCUUCUGAACGGAAUUAUCCUGAUCUGGGACAAAUACACAAAAGUUUCGGUUAUCCUGGACCCAAGCUGGCAGCACAAAGUGUGUGGUCUUUGUGGAAACAACAAUGGUGAUCUUAAGGAUGACUUCACAACAAGGCACUCUUCAGUAACUGCCGGAGCACUGGAAUUUGCAAACAGCUGGAAAACAUCUCAGGAAUGUGCAGACACAGUAACUCAAAGCUUCCCGUGUGACUCGAACCCAUACUGCAAAGCCUGGGCUGAGAAGAGAUGUGAGAUCCUCAGGGAUAACACCUUCAGGGAUUGCCACAGCAAGGUGGACCCUACGACCUACUACGAGGCAUGUAUUGAAGAAGCCUGUUCAUGUGACAUGGAAGGGAAGUACCUUGGCUUGUGUACUGCUGUGGCAAUGUAUGCAGAGGCAUGUAACGCAGCUGGAGUCUGUGUCUCAUGGAGAAAGCCAAACCUCUGCCCUGUGUACUGCGACUACUACAAUGCUCCCGGGGAGUGCAGCUGGCACUAUGAACCUUGCGGUACAGUGACAGCCAAAACGUGCAAAGAUCAGGUCAUUGGCCAGAAGUUUUCUUCACUUUUAGAAGGCUGUUACGCCAAAUGUCCAGAAAACGCACCCUAUCUGGAUGAGAACACUAUGAAGUGUGUCCCGUUAGCAGAGUGUAGCUGCUUCUACAACGAUGUCAUACCAGCAGGGGGCGCUGUUGUGGAUGACUGUGGAAGAAUAUGCUCCUGUUCUGCCGGCGAGUUGGAGUGCAGUGAAACUCCUCCAAAUUCGACAACAACAACAGGUAAAGUUACAGCUCCAGUCUCUACGGCCACAACUACUUCUGUAUUAAGCACAUCAGCAGUGACAACAAGGGCCAGCAGCUCGACCUCAGGAUCCAUAGAAACCUCAGUUCCAGCUACAACUUCAUCCAAUGAAGCACAAGCACAUAAAACAUCCACAUCUUCUAAUGAAACCUCAGCUCUCACCAUAAAAAUUGUGUAUUCAAGCACAACAACCACAGUAGUCCCUGCUUCAAGUUCAGCUCCUGAGACAUUUGUACCAGAGAGACAUGGUGCCACCACAGGACCAGCUGUAAGAACAACCUCUCCUAGUGCCACCUCUGGAAGUCUUUCCAGCACCUCCCCAGGAGGUUCAGCUGGGUCCUCUGCGCCUGCUAGUUCCACAUCUGGGAGAGCCACAGCCACCGCGACAGGAGCUCCUGAAGCCUUUGUAGUUGAAAGUCCUGGUGCCACCACAGGCCCAGCUAUAAGCACAACCUCUGCCCCAUCUGGGAAUAUUUCUGCCACCUCCCCAGGAGGAUCAGCUGGGUCACCUGCUCCUACUGCCUCCACCUCACCUUCACUAGUAGGCACCAAUGCUUCCUCUCCUGCAACUUCAUUGACUGCCUCCUCAGGUGGAGAAACAGGCUGUCCCACAGGCUCUAGUCCAAGCCCUGGUCCUGCUGUCUCCACUCUUAAGGGACCUCCCAGCACAGUGUCCAUUUCACCCUCAUCUUUUAUUUCCGUAUCUGGACAUCUAAUUUCUACAACAGCUUCAAUAUCAUUCUUCUCAAGUCCAUUACUCAUUAAAACAGCAGGGACGACUGGAACCACAGCCAAAUCAACCCUGACAACAGGAAGAGCCACCAGUAUGCCAGAUUCCACCUCAGUAGCACCUGGAGUCACAACCAGCCCCAACAUAUCCCAGCCAGUGUGUCCAGACUCGCUCCCACCAACCCCAGUCUGCAAUGGUCCACUGGGAGAAGAGAAAUCUCCUGGGGAUGUAUGGAUAUCAAAUUGCCAUCAGUGUACCUGUACCGAGGCACAGGAGGUAGAUUGUAAACCUAAAGAGUGUCCUUCACCACCCACGUGCAAAGAUGGAGAGAAGCUAAUGACGUUCAAAUCAAAUGAUUCCUGCUGUGAGAUUGGCCACUGUGAACCAAGAACAUGUUUAUUUAACAAUACUGAUUAUGCGAUUGGUUCAUCCUUUGAUGACCCUAGCAACCCGUGUCUCUCCUAUACCUGCAGUGCCACGGGCUUGGUGGCGGUGGUUCAGGACUGCCCAAAGCAAACAUGGUGUGCAGAAGAAGAGAGAAUCUACGAUUCAAAUAAAUGUUGCUAUAAAUGUAAGAAUGACUGCAGGACUACCCCUGUGAACGUGACCAUUAAGUACAAGGGCUGUAGGAAGAGGGUUGAGAUGGCAAGAUGUAUAGGAGAGUGCAAAAGGACUGUCAAGUACAAUUAUGAGACCUUUCAGUUGGAGAAUUCCUGCUUUUGCUGCCGUGAGGAAAACUAUGAGUUCAGGGACAUUGUACUUGACUGUUCUGACGGCAAAACCAUGCCUUACAGAUACAGGCACACUACCACCUGUUCCUGUCUGGACCAGUGUGAACAUUCAAAAGCCAGUUAAUGCCCACGUUGCCUUUCCAGUUGCUCUUAUUCUAGAAGGAUAGAAAAAGAAUCAUUAAAUAAUGAGAAUGGAUAUGUGUGUGUGUGAGUAUGUCUUCUUCAAAAGGCGAGGCUCACACUGAGGCAUUGUUGUUGUUCUGUUUUUGAUGCUGGAUGCCAUGGUGCCAGGA